AUGGACGGCUCAACACUAGAGUGGUCUGGUGCAACGACAUUUCGCCUGAAAACAAAAGGCUUAUUAACGAUCUUUCUGGAUGCGUGGUUGGAGCGCCCUGCGUCUCUCGACCAGUAUCUAAGCGUUGAUGAGGUUGAUGAAUGUGACUACAUUUUCAUCUCCCAUGCUCAUUUUGAUCACCUGCCCAGUGCGGAUCGGAUUGCCAAGGAGACUGGAGCCAUUCCGGAAUCGCAGCUAGCGGCCAUCUCUGGUGGCGAACGAAUUCCCCUGUUCAUAAAAGAGCAGCGACAUAAGGUGAUAGUUGCCUCUUCUUCGCGUCCCCAUGGACUUCCCUCUGGACCUCCUUCUGGCCCCCCUGGACCACCUACGCCAAAUCCCGAUGAUGCGAUUAUCACGGUCCACGCUUGGCCAUCUCUUCAUGCAUUGAUGCCUCUUGGGGACCAUAGGUCAUUCCCAGAGGUGAUGGAUACCGGUACUGUGUAUACCGGAUCUGGAAGCCAUAGUUGCACCCUGGACGUUACUCGCGGUUUGACGUACGGACUUGGAGGUCUCCUCAAAAUGGACUUAGUUCCUCCGCAGAUGCAUCAGGAUAUGAAAGACUUUGUCACGUACAUGAAGGAUAGGGACAUGAACAGGUACUCAUUUUUCGACGGCGGCCAAAUCAUGUACAAUUUUUUGAUCGACGGCAAAGCGCUUCUCUGGAAUGGGCACCUUGGCGGCUACGAAGGCAUCCUAAAAGAAGAACCUGAUUUUGCUGUGAAGGAAGUGCAAUGGAUUGGAGAACCGUCAAAAGUCACCUGGUGUCUGCAUGAUCGGUGUCCAAUAAAUCCAAAGCACAUCAACGUUGCCAUCGCAACGGAACGUGUUGAAGAGGGGACAAAGAGCAAGGUGAUCGAGCUAACACCUGCACAACCAUUCAGGCUCUGA